UCAAACUCUCUAAUCUGUGCUGUCAAAAGAUAUCAUUUCGCCAAGUUGUGAAAGGGUGAUAAUUCGAAACUAAUAUUUAUUUUCCGCGAUAAACAGGACCACAGAAGCCUGUUGCAGUUUUAAAAUCGCACUACGCGUAAAUAGUUUUGAGCCCGACUCGUCCACCGCUUUUGUUUUGAUACACAAAACAUUACAUAAUGCCGUUGCUGAGGCUGACUUCGGGUACUUUUGGGCAGCUGCGUAGCUUCGCGACGUCACCAGCCCUCGGCAAGCGGGUGAAGACAUUCGCCGUGUACAGGUGGAACCCCGACGAGCCUGAUAAGAAGCCAUACACCCAAAACUAUGAGGUGGAUUUAGAUGACUGCGCUCCUAUGGUGUUGGAUGCUCUUCUGAAGAUAAAGAACGAAAUCGACCCUACCCUGACUUUCAGGAGGUCCUGUCGCGAGGGAGUAUGUGGCUCGUGCGCGAUGAACAUCGACGGAGUAAACACUCUUGCUUGCAUUAGCCAUAUUGACCAAAGCCUGUCCAAGCCAUCGAAAAUCUAUCCACUACCGCAUAUGUACGUGGUCAAGGACCUCGUGCCAGAUCUGACCAACUUCUACCGCCAGUACCAGUCCAUUGAGCCAUGGCUGCAGCGUGACAAGGAGCCCGUCAAAGGUAAGGAGACUCAGCUACUCCAAGACGUUGAGGACCGUGCCAAGCUCGAUGGUCUAUACGAGUGUGUGCUCUGCGCCUGCUGCUCCACCAGCUGUCCAUCAUACUGGUGGAACGGAGACAAGUAUCUGGGCCCGGCCGUCCUCAUGCAGGCUUACAGAUGGAUCAUCGACUCCCGUGACGACGCCACCGCUAAACGUUUAUCGAAACUGAAGGACACAUACUCUGUGUACCGUUGCCAUACCAUCAUGAACUGCACACGAACAUGCCCGAAAGGACUGAACCCGGGACGUGCUAUUGCCCAGAUCAAAACCCUGCUAUCUGGUAUUGUAAAGAAACAGUCACCAAUUUUAGACCCUGCAGGACUUGAGAAGCAAGCUGCACACAAUUAAAAUGAAUAAAAUGAUUGUUUACAAUGUUACCACAUUUUUAGAGAAAUUUAACGUAAGAUCUUUUUUCUGUAUUAGUAUCAUCAACUUUAUAAGACAGGAGGCAGAAUAUAGGAAUGUAUGUACUUAACGUUUAAAUAGCGUAAGGUUUGUGCUAUAACCUCUCAAAGAACCUAAAGCUAAUGUUCCAAUUUUAUCUUUGACUUAGCAUUUUUAAUUAAUUUUUUUCAGUGGUUAUAUGCAUUUGAAUUUUAGUUUUGUAAGUUUAGUAUUCCUUGGCUGUGCAUAGCGCACUUUUCGAUAUAUUAUUAUUGAUGCUGUUAUUAAAUCUAUAAAAACUGCAGUACAAAAUAGCCUUUAUAAAUAAUACUUUAAAUUUUACUAAGUAUUGAAAUGGUGAUAGCUUUUGUCAAAGAUAAAACUGGUAUUUCAUUCUAAGUUAAGAAGUAAAUGAAUACUAUUCCUGUUAGUUCCUCAUUUCCAUAGUUUUUUUUAAUGUAAAAGUUAUACAAAAGUAAUUGAAAGUUAAUUACCAUGGAACAUAACUUUUUAUCUUUUACUGCAUGAAGUUUUUAGUGAAAAUUUUAUUCAUUAUUGAUAUUUCAGAUUCAUUUUAGUAUUUAGAAUGAAGUAUUAUACAUUU